GACGCCAGUCUGGGGAUUCCCCAGGCCGCUGAAAUCCCCCCUGUGAGGCAGGAGCGACGGCGGGGCAGCGGGUCGCUCAGCCCGGAUUCCCCCUAUGGCCCUGCGGCCCUCCAGGCCUUUCCUGUAGGCUCUCUCCCCCGCCAUGGCCUCCGAAGCUGCUGCUCAGGGCGGCCCGCGGGAGCCCAAGCGGGUGGAAGGCGACGACUGGUGCGACAGCGGCCUGGGCUCCCUCAGCGAGGCCCAGCUGGGCCAGAUCCAGGGGGACGCGGGCCUGGUGGGUCCUGGCGAGGGGGAGGAGGGGCCUGGGCGCCGGGCCCUGACCCCUGACCCCGGCCCCUCGGGCCCCACUGGCCCUCAGAAGGCGCUCUUGGAGGAAGAGGAGGAUGACCUGGAGCGGCUGGACUCUGCCCUGGGAGACUCCCUGAGAGGGGACGAGGACGUGGGCGCCAUCGUGGACGGCGUGGGAGCUGUGCGCCUCGAGAACGGGGCCUCGGCGGUGGUGGCCCCCGAGGCCUGGCUGCACCACGUGCUGGGCUUUGUCACUGAGGAUGGGGACACAGCUCUCCACUUGGCCGUCAUCCAUGAGCACGAGGCCUUCCUGGAGUCCAUCCUGCAGUACACCCAAGGGACGGAUUACCUGGAUAUUCAGAACGACCUUGGACAGACAGCACUUCACAUCGCGGUCAUCCUGGGGGCUGCCGAUUUCGUGAGCAAGCUCGUGUCGGCGGGAGCCGGUCUGUGCGUGCAGGAAAAGGGCGGCCACACCGCUUUGCAUUUGGCGUGCCGAGAAGGGCAGCAGGAGUGCGUGCAGAUCCUCCUGGCGCCGCAUGUUGCGCAAAGGCCCUGCGAAGGGAGCAGCUUUCGGGCCCAACUGGACUGCACCAAUUUCGAUGGUUACACGCCCCUGCAUGUUGCCGUCUUGCGGAAAGACUUAGAUGUGGUCAGUCUCUUAAUCUCCGGGGGAGCUGAUCUCAACAAACCGGAGCUGAGCUGUGGGCGGAGCCCCCUUCACCUGGCGGUGGAGUCUCAGAACCCGGAGGUGGUCGAGUACCUGCUGCGCGCUGGAGCGGACCCGGAGGCCCGCAUGUAUGUUGGCUACACCCCCAUGUACAGCGCCCUGCACCGGCCCGACCAAAAGAUCCCCCAGCUCUUGCGGGAGUUUGGCUCAGAGGAGCCAGACUGGGACUCGGAGGAGAGUUUGGACAGCAACAGCGAGGAGGAAUAUGAUGACAUCGUGAUCAACCGCGGGCAUUAGAAGACCAGGCAAGGGGUCCACUUCAUCUCCCAGGCUGUGUUCCGUUAACCAUGCCUCCGCCUCUGGCAGCCAGCUGUGGUUUCUGUAGCAACUGCAUUCUUCACUGUGAGCUAGAUCUGACUUAUUUAUAGGGGCUGGGGAAGGGGCUGGGGAGGGAGCCGCGUCGUCUGCCGAAGAGAACGCUCCCUUAGCUCCAUUCCAAUUUACGCUCCAUUAUUGGUUUGUUUUCCUGUCUGUUCCCAAAGUUCUGAUGACUUCUGUUUUUUGUUUGAUGUCCAGAAUAA